UAUAUACCACCGUGGUACAGGCGCCGGAGGAGUCACAGAUCAGAGGAGCCGGCAGCCGACAGCACACCCGCAGCCGCUGCCGCUGCCGCCAUGAGGGCUGUGCUCUGGGACCUGCUGCUGCUCUGCCUCUUCGCCCGGGCACGGGGUGACUGCCGGGGGGACUGUCUGCGCUGCGACCGCCACCUCUACCGGGACAGCUUUGACGUCCUCGUCUGCAUCCUGGAGUGCGAAGGCGAAGCCGUGCCACGGGCUACCUGGGAGCUGUGCGCCGCUGCCGCCGGCCGAGCCGCCCCACGGCCCCGUGACCUCCAGGACGCCGGCGAUCCCUGGCACGGCGCGGCGGCGCCGGCGAGCCCGCUGCAGGUAAGCGAGCUGCUGCGGCGACGGGAAGCCGAAGACGAAGGCGUCGAACCGGCGCCCGGCACCUUCCUGCAGCCUCCGGAGGACAUUUCCCGACGACUCGGCGGUUUCCCGCGGGGGACGCGCGACUCGUGGCCGGCGCCGACGGCCAGGGGGGUGCAGAAGCGGUACGGGGGCUUCAUCGGGGUCCGCAAGUCGGCGAGGAAGUGGAACAACCAGAAGAGGUUUAGCGAGUUCCUGAAGCAGUACCUGGGCAUGUCGCCCCGCUCCAGUGAGUACGACAUUGCCGGCGGCAUCAGCGAGCACAACGAGAUCUAACGGAGACCCGCGCCGCCCGGCUAGGUCCGCCAUGGCCAAAAAAGUCAACCCUCUACCCCUCUACACCACAUCUCCAUAGGUGCAAAUUGAAAAAAUGAAAAAAUAGGGGCAAAAAAAAAAUUGGAAAAGGCUUGAAAAAUGCCAAAUUGGAGACCGGGGAGGGAUGCUGAGGGCGGCCGCCGGCAGCUCGGCAGCUGGAGGGCACGUGGGGAAAGGCCCUUUGCCGUCAGCCUCCCCCCACCCAGGGAGGGUGGGCGGAAGGGUUUUAUCCUCGACGCCAAAAAGGUCUGAAGGAUGGUUCAGUCCCCCCGCCCCCCAAAAAACAGGGGGUGUGUGUAAAAACAAAAUUGAAAAAUAAAAAUUUAAAAUUUUUUAAAAUUGAAAAAAUUACGUCAAAAUUUUAAAAAUUAAGUAAAAAUUUAAAAAUUAAGUUAAAAAUUUAAAAAUUAAGUAACAUUUUUAAAAAGUGGUUUUAAAAAUGAAAGUUGAAAGUUUAAAAACUGACAUAAAAUUUAAAAAAAUAAAAAAAAUAAAUUAAAAUAAAAUAAAUUUAAAAAUUAAAUUAUACUGAAUGACAAUAAAUUAAAGCCAACCCUUUUCCUUUCAGAAAUUCAAUAAUUCUUCCCCAAACGCCCCAGCCUCACGUGGCCCAGUCGAGCAGCGGGUUCACCCCGUGCUGCCGCUCCCCGGCGAGCAGCGACCCCGGCCCCGCCCCGGGAUGCUCGGAGCCCCCUCUGCCCUGCAGCUGCCAAGGACACCCCCCCCCAACCUCCCCCCCCCCCCCCCAACCUCCCCCCAAUUUACAAUUUGGGAGAAGUUUAACAU